AUGUCUUCCCUGCCUGGUGUGGCGCGGUAUGAACGGAUGCCAACCCGCACAAAAAUACAAUUUUUCUGGUGUUCUAUGCUGGUGAUGGGCUUUGCGUAUCAAUUUCUUAAAAUGACAGUACUGCGAGUACAGCCGAAACGAGAGGAGCAGAUGUACACACACGUCCAGCGGCUCUACGGUGAUAAUAUACCGCCUGAACUGCUAGAGAUCGCCAAACGUCAGCGGGAGGCGCGGGAUGCAUUAACACUCACAAAUAUGUGGAGAACACCAACACCGGGAGAAACUGCAGGAGCACUUCAACAUGAAUUGGAUCCCCGCCGUAUUGCGCAACUGCGAAGUCACAAUGGAUAUUAA